AUGGACGAUUCUGAUUGGACACCGCCUAGCGAGGCAGAGCUAGAAAUCUUGAAGCAAAAACGAAAGCGAUCGGACCGUGUUUCCGCCCUUAUGGGCCAAUACAUGCUCAAAGGAUACCGAAUGUUUUUUGAAAUCAUCUAUUGCCCAGUCUGCUCGUCAAUCCUUCUCCAAACUCCUCAAGCUCAAGGAGGAGUCAAUUACUGCGUUAGUUGCGUCGACGUAGCCGCAGAAGAAGCCGCGGCUCAAACGAAAAAGCAGCCAAAAGCCGCGUAUGUUCAACCUAAAUCCAAACCAAAGGCGACGCUCGUCAAAUCCUCAACGCCGAUCUUGACAGUUUCAGAAGUCGCCCCUGUCGCCAAGACAGAAGAUGUUGAAAAUGUUAAACCUCGUGAUUGGACAUCUAUGGACCGAGUCCAACAACUCAUUGGCGCUAAAAUGGUCGCCCUCGCUGAAGAACUCAACACCACAACCUCCCCAACUGCGACUAGAGAGCUUCUAGCGCUGAUCAAGGAGUGUUCCGAGACUAUUUCGCAUGUAAAACAUGCCUGUCAAUGA